UCCAGUGAUUGACGGCCGUUAAAUCGGACUGUCACAGCCUUGCUGACUUUCAAUCGGAAUCGAAAUUAUUAAGCCUUUCGAACAUAUAGUGAAUAAUGUUGACUGUGAGAAUCAUUAACCAAUCUUUGAUGCGCAAACAGUUGUCAACGAAUGUAGCUCGUGUGUUUGCCGUUUGCAAUGAACGUCAAUGGUUACUGUCAAAGUGUAGCUACAGUUCGGACAGUGACAGAAUCGGUCAAAGAAAACAAAGAGCAUGGAGGAAAACAGUCCUGGCAAUUGGCUUUGGAGUAGCAGGUUCAGCUUUGUAUAUGAAGUACAAAAAUGAGCAGGCCCCUCUCCUUGCCGCUACCCAUGAACCCGGUCUUGUAGUGAAGGGGCUUCCCACAUACACACUGAAAGAUGUCAAGGCCCACAAGGACCCGGCCUCCAGAGUGUGGGUUACAUACAAGAAUGGUGUGUACGAUGUGACUGACUACGUGGCAGGCCAUCCAGGAGGCAACAAGAUCUUGUUGGCAGCGGGCGGGGAUAUCGGACCGUUCUGGGACAUGUAUGCUCAGCACAAACAGGGCGAAAUAUAUGAGAUGCUUGAAAAGCUGAGAAUUGGGAAUAUACUUGAAGUUGAAGAAAGAAAAGAUGCUGAUAAAAGCGAUCCGUAUGCAAAUGAUCCCAAACGACAUCCAGCCUUGAUACCCAGUUCUGUAAAGCCAUUCAAUGCAGAGCCUCCUGUCUCUCUGCUUAUUCACAAUUAUAUAACACCAAAUGAUCUUUUCUUUGUUCGUAAUCAUCUGCCUGUUCCGCAAAUCAAUAUUAAAGACUUUAAACUAGAUAUUGCGAUUGAUGGGUCUGAAAAAAAGGCAAAGUCUUUUACCGUUGAUACUCUUAAAAAGGUAUUUCCCAAAAGAAAGAUCACAACGACAUUGCAGUGUGCUGGAAAUCGUCGAAGCGAACAGAUAAAAAUAAAACCUGUCAAAGGCCUUAAUUGGGGCAUGGCUGCAAUCAGCACAGCCGAAUGGACGGGUGCAACGCUUGAUGAUGUUCUAAAGCACUGCGGUGUGGAUAUAGAAAAGGUCAACUUUGCCCAUAUACAGUUUGAAGGCAUGGAUCGAGGUCCAGACGGCACAUCAUAUGGUGCCUCAAUCCCCAUGGAGAUGGCUCGAAUGUUGAAAAAUGAAAUUAUCAUCGCGUAUGAAAUGAACGGUGUGGACAUUCCGCGAGACCAUGGUUACCCGUUACGAGUCAUUGUACCUGGAACAGUGGGUGCCCGCCAGGUGAAGUGGCUGAACAAGAUAGUUCUUAGCAAUGAAGAGAGUGGUUCCCAUUGGCAGCAGAGAGAUUACAAAGGCUUCAAUGCCAGUGUGGAUUGGGACACAGUCGACUUCAAAAAGUCCCACGCAAUUCAGUUCCUGCCAGUGAAUUCUGCAAUUUGUGAACCGGAAGAGGGACAAACGUUGGAGAAAGAUGCUGAUGAGGUGACAUUGAAAGGUUACGCGUGGAGCGGUGGGGGUCGAGGAAUAUUUCGAGUUGAUGUUUCCGCCGAUGGUGGGAAAACUUGGAGGACUGCUGAUCUUCUUGAAAAGCCUGAAAGCCUGAAACAGACGGAUUAUCGUGCGUGGGCAUGGGUGUUCUGGGAAGCCACGAUUCCCCUGCCUGAAAAUCAUGAUGGAAAGGUUGAGCUGGUAUGCAAGGCCAGUGACUCACAGUACAAUGUGCAGCCAGACAGCGUAGAGGGUGUGUGGAAUCUACGGGGAUGCUUGAAUAAUGCUUGGCAUAGAGUACAUGUGAAUGUUGCUAAGUAGUCUUUGUAAGUGCCUUUGGUUUAUGAUAGUGUUGUUAAUAAUUCCAAUUAGUGCUCAAAGAUUCAUGUUUUGGUACAUGUGUUUCGUGUGCAUCAAUGAAUUAUUGAAAAAAAAAUGUUUUAAGCCUUCCAUAAAUAUAAAAGGUUGUGACACUUUUGUAUGUAAAUUCAUGCCUAAUAUUAAAAUUCUAGUCAUGCAUGAUGACAAAUUUUGGAGGUUUCAUUCCGGACAUUUCUUUUGUGGCCAUUUGAAGUAUCAUUUUUGCAUCAGGCUUUAAUUAAUUUAAUUUCAUUAUAAAUUUAUAACUUAAUUAUCAUCAUGGUUAGAAGAUUUAUGUAGCAUAUAUCUUUAUGUUUAAAAAGAUAUUGUUAAGUGAUCUUCAAGCAUUGUUUUUGUUGGAAGGACUUUGCUUGCAUUUCAUUCAUCUAUUUUGCUGCCAUGUUUUUGUUUUUCCUGAUAAGGGAAAACUAGACUUUUUUAACCUUUACAGAAAAUAACUUUGAGGAGAAAAAAUCCUCACAAUAAAAUAAUAUAUUUAAACCACUUGCCCUAUUAUUAUGCUAUCAUUGAAACAAAUACAAAAAACAAAAAGCUGGAACAUAUCAAUAAUAAUUUUCUCGUAGCACUCAGCUGUUGGCUCAUAGUAAGCAUGAAAACUGUGUUAGUUCCAUUGCAAACAUGCAUGUAGUAAGUUGACGUUUGUAUUGUAAAACCUGUUAUACAUGAACAGGCAUCAAGACAAGACAGAUUGUUUGAUUUUCAGAGGUGUUUAGUUUAUCAAGGUUUUGGUAAAAUCCCAGCCAUUCAAUAUACACACCAUUGUUAGCAUGGAUAAUCAGUUAAAUAAGUAGACAAAGACCAUGUCAUAUGUAUUUACAUUUUGUUAUCAUGUAUAAUUCUAUUAUUUUUUACAUUAUAAUCAUUCAAACAAUGCUUCAUUUUGUCACCAAUUAUUGGGUUCAUGCCACUGCGUUUUUUUUUUGCAUUUUAUACAGUCAAAAGAAAACACUGAUUAAAUAAGGUCUUUAAAACUUUUAAGUGUUAUCCAAUUUCAAAUCAAAUUUGUCAAUUUUUGGUUUUGACAAGUUUUUGUACAUUAUUGUUGUAUGAUGAAUACAAUAAAGGGUGAUAUAAAUGGAGGCCAACAUAGGCCAUCGAUUUUGAUAUGUAUUUGGUAUUCAUAGAGUACAGUGUAUACUUGUUUUGUUAUACUUAACCCAUUUAUGCCUAGCGUCUUGAAAAAAGGCCUUGGCAAACAGCGUAGACCCAGAUGAGACGCCGCAUGAUGCAGUGUCUCAUCUGGGUCUUCGCUGUUUGCUUCAAGGAAUUUCUGUAAGAAAUAUUGUAAAUAUAGAAAUAAAUAUAUUAGACAUCCCUAAUUUUGGAAAUAAAUUGAUCCAAUUUAGAAGAAUGGGAGAGUCUACUAGGCAUAAAUGGGUUAAAUUACCUGCAAUAAAUGUCUCUCUCUAACAAACCUAUUAUCAUAGUUUUAUUAUAACAACUAAAUAAUUUAGGUCAUCAUUAUCUAUAACCGUGUAUUCAGUUAGCUAUAUAAACUGCUUCAUAUGAAGAACAAAUAAUCCUGUUCAGAUAAUGAAUAAUAUAUUAUAUAAUCAAUUAUCAUGUUGACCCCUAACUCUGAGUGGAGUACUUUGGGCAGUUGUCAGUUACUAGCAUAAGUCUGUGCACUAAGUACUUGUAAAUCAGCUAUCCAAGAAACAGUGUGAUUUGGUAAACUGGACGCUAUUAUUUAAUUGCAAUACAGUUAGAAACUGCCAAAAUUCAAACUAAACAAAUUAAUUAACAAUUCUUAUAUUGAUGGGAAAUAGUUCUAUUAGUAUUAUAUAAAUUGUUUGUUAAUAUGAGUAUUGUUUUAACUGUUGUUACAUGUAUUUGAAGAAUUCUUAUAUAAAUACUUAAAUUUAUUAUUGGUAAUUAGACAAACUUAAACUGACAAAGAAAAAUUUAACUGUUUAUACUAGCAAUGGACUUGCAAUACCUUUAAUUAUGGUUAACCUAGGCUGAAACUGUUUUGUUUCACCAAAUCACAAAAUGCUCAUGUAGAACUGUUGUGGUUUCCCUUUGUCUGGCCUAUGGUGUUGUGUGUACCGGUAAUCAACUUUUAGCUUGUCAAAGCACUAGAGCCAGAGCGAGGAUUAUACCAUAUACAUGUGUAUUUCAAUGACAGCUUUACAGUAUUAACAACUUACCUCAUACAUGAGUUGAAUAAAAGUACACAAUUUACAGGUACAUAACAAUCACAAGUCUUAAUGAUAAUCGUUUGUUGUUAUGCAUGCAUCCAACUGUUCUUUAUCUGUGUUAUGAUGUUGUUUUUUGCGCAGCUGUUCUCAAUCUUUUUUAGAUAUUGUGAAUAUUUUUAAGUGAUGGUGGCAGUAUUGUUAUGUAGAGAUACAUUUUGUUGAUGAAGUAAACAGAACUCAUUCUCUGGAUCAUGUUCUGACAUUUUUUAAAGAAGUGUGAUAUUUUAUUUUCAAAUUGAGCAAAUAAAUGUCAUAAGCAACAAUUUAAUAUGAAUUUUUAUAUCCAAAUGUUCUGUUCUCUGUAUAUGCAUUUGACCUGACAUAAUGCGAUUCUUUUUAUGAUGGGAAUUGAUAAAAAUAAUUUUAUUUUUCUUUGGGAGGGUCAGAUAUUCCUAUAUAAUAACAACAGUACAAAACAACACAUUUUUAUUUUUCACUUUGUACUCUUAGCUCAUGUUUAUCUGCCAUUACCAUUUACAUGUAGAUAACAACUGUCAGUCAUCAUAGCAUAUUUGAUGAUGAAUGGGUGUUUCAAGCAUAGCAUAGAGUGUUGUAUUUAACUCUUAAUUGAUAUUAGUUGUUCUAAAUAUACAAAGAUAACAUAUUCAAGAAGAAAUGUGUUUUAUGGUUGUAUCUCUUGCAUAAAUCUACCAAUGACUUA